GAGUGUCGGGGGCGCGCGCGGCCCGGGCGCCGAGCGGGUCUCCGCCGGUAGCAUGCUGCGCCUGCGGCGGCUGCGCGAGGCGGCCCUGAGGCGGCUGCUCGCGCCCGCCGGGGGCGCCGCCGCCAAGCCCAAGGCCUCCGAGGUGCUGAGCCGCCACCUGCGGCAGCGGGGCCUGCCCCCCUGGACCUCGUACUGCGUGAAGUACAGCGCCGUGCGCAACGACCAGUUCGGCCUCUCGCACUUCAACUGGCAGGUGGACGGCGCCAACUACCACGUCCUGCGCACGGGCUGCUUCCCCUUCAUCAAGUACCACUGCUCGCGGGCCCCGCGCCGCGACCUGGCGCUGCAGAACGCCGCCUUCACCGCCCUCAAGCUCCUCAACGCGGGCAUCCCAACUUUAUUAUAUGGAAUUGGCUCCUGGUUUCUUGUUAGUGUCACAGAGACUGUUCACACAAGUUGUGGCCCAGUUACUAUUUAUUUUCUGAAUAAAGAAGAUGAAGGUGCCAUGUACUGAAAUUGUGCAUUCAAGCACUCUCAUUUGUUACAAAAAACAUUCCUGUUUCGGCAGAGGCAUGAGAUGAAUAUUGGAGUCAAUGAAGAUAAGAUAUUAGCAGCUUUGGAAAAUGAAUUUACUUUUCUACUGUCCUCAAAAGCGUUAGCUCUAAAGACAGUGAUUGAAAUGCUUAUUGCUGAGAAGAAACUUCUGAUUAUUUAAAAAAAAAAUCUCUUUAUUUAUAUACAUCGGAUAGGUUAUGAUGUUUGUCAUGUAAUCUGAAGGCAAGGAACACAUUCUCCAAAAGCAUUACACAUAAUUGUAAAUGAUGAGAGUUUUAGACUCCGUGCCUCGGUGUUCAACAAUAUAUAAAUUGUCCUAGUACCUAAUCCGAGUCUGAAGGAAUCUGUAAUAGCACCCUUCUUUUAUCCAGAUAUAUUGAAAUGCUCUUUUAACCUCCACCCCACGAAUUAAAAUCCACAUUAACGGAA